AUGAGUAAAAACUUCUAUAAAAAUGAUGAGCGGGUAGAAGUAUUGGACACCCCUUUGAUUCCGGAUAUUAUCCUUAAAACAGGCCUCAGGGAGAUGACCUUGCCAACUGGUAACCAAGUUGUUGAAUCAAUUCCUCUGACAAAUUGGUUUCAUUCUAUGAGAGAGAGAUUAAUAAACCACUAUAAUAUUAUUAGUGCUGAAUUUGAGACCCAGAAAAGUGCAGCUAAUAAUGAAUUAAACAAUGUAAAGGAGUACUUAACUGCAAAUGUGUUCAAGGAUCAGUAUGAGGUUCAUCAAAUACCACAGACCAAUAUUUUAAUGCUUUGUGCAUAUUUUACUGGUAGAAUAAUGGCUAAUAGGAAAAAUUGGGGAUUGCUUCGGACGAGGAGUUCCUCAUUAUUGUCUAACGUAUCCGCUGCAUCUCCAUCACUCACCGCCAGGUUAUUUACUAGUAUUCCCUCUAAAAUCUUCCUUCCUUGGGUGCUUGUUGCAUAUGUUUGGAAUGAGAUGAUGCCUGGGUCUUUCCGGAACGCUAUUAACUGCGUUGAAAGAGAUUUACUGCCAAGAGACUUCGUUGCGCAGUAUCAUGGCCUCUGGAAUCAAUACUACAUCAAUGGUCUUCGGAAAUACUCUGCUGAGAUUUCUAAUACAGUUGAGGACUCUUUGAGAUCUCAAAUUAAAAGCCUGAGAGAAGAAGUCAUAAAUAGAACUCGAUAG